AUAUUUACCCCCCAACGCCUUAUUGAAACUCCUACUUAUACUCCAACCAUAAAUCUACUGCAUGGCGGCCCUUUUUGGUCAAUAAAAUAAACAUCAUUAGCCUAUCCACUCUUUGCCUAACAGCCCACGCCAUUGCUGAAAAAACACCUUCAUUGCUGCUAAUUAUGUUAAAUCAUGGCAUGAAGCCAUGAAUAAGUCCCACUUGGAACCAACUCCAUUUUCCCCAUCAUCUCUUCCUUGCUUACCUCCUUUUUCUUUCUUUUCAUUAUACCAUAUAUCUUUUCUUGCAAUAUAAGCUUUGAUCAAGCUUAAAACUCCAAAAACCGAGUUCAUAAAUUUGAUCUACUUUAUACCCAGACCCCUCCAAAAAAAGAAAAAAUCCGGUGAAGAAAUGAGUUCUGUUUGCAUUUCUAGUUGUUUGAAUGAUGCUAGAGACCCCAGGAUGCCUGUCAGGGCAACCUAUGUGAAUCUUUACAAGUGGCCAGAGUCGGACGCAGAGUUUGUGAGGUCAAGGAGGUCAGGCUUGCAUGGAGAUCCUAGAGUUGUUGACAUUAUCUCCUGUAGGCAGAUGUAUCUGAGGAGCUAUAGGUUUUCCAGGAAAGAAACUGUGCCUGAAAAGACUGUGAAAUGCUUUGGGAGAGUUAAAGAGAAGGUGGGCGCGGCUCAUGGGAGGAGGAAAAGCAGCCAAAAGAGACGUACCCUAAGGAAGUGUUUGGUUUGGAGGAAAGUGAAGGUUGUAUUGUUUAGGUUUUUUAAUAGGUUGCUUUCUUGCUCUGCUAGCGUAGAUGUUGUGGAUCAAAGGAAUAAUGUUUUCUUCUGAAACUUUUUUGUGUGAUUAUUUGAUUUUGUUUUCUUACUUAUGCCUGUUUAAGAAAAGGGUUUUGGGUUUAUUCAAUUUGUUCUUUUCAUUUGUUCAAAAUGUUCAAAGCUGAGUAGCUUCUUUUUACAGGAAA